AUGGAGUCCCCGGCGAUGCAGAUGUAUAGUGUUUAUAUUCCUACAUACCAGCCCGUUGGUAAUGUUCAGGUGUCCCCAAAUUCUGGAAGGAGGACAUUUAUUCCAGAUGUUGAUGAUUUGAUUAAACCUCAGAUGUAUAUGCUGUUUAAUUCGCUGGAAAAUGCCUUUCUUUUUUACCAAAGAUAUGCUAAGGCGGGAGGUUUCACAGUCAGGAAGGGUACUCAAUACGAGCCUCGAAAGGGUGUAAUACAUAAUAAAUGGGUUCCUUCUAUAAGGACCGGAUGUGAAGCGUGCAUUCGGGUUAAGUUAAACCCGGAUAAUCUUUACUUUGUUUAUCACUUCGAGGAAUCGCAUAAUCACUCAUUUGUUGCUGAAGAUGACAGGUACUUGCUUCCUGAAAAUAGAUCUAUGAAUUACGUACAGGAAGAAGCCGUGAAUGCUUUGAGUGCCAUAAACGUUGGUCCAGUUAGAGCGUUUAACAUUAUGAGGACUCUUUAUGGAGGUUUUGAUAAGGUAGGUGCCACUAAAGUUGACUUCAAAAACUUCAAGAGAGACUUAAAUAGGUAUAUAGCUGAGUACGAUGCUGACAUGGUUAUCAAGCACCUAAGAAGGAAGAAAGAAUUUAUGCCCAAUUUCUCUAUGGAAUACCUUACAACUGCCGAUGGCGUUUUACGUGCGUUGUUCUGGGCCGAUGGUGAUUCAAAGAGAAAUUUUAAUAUUUUUGGGGAUGUUGUGUCCUUCGAUGCUACUUAUCGUCGUAACAAGUACAAUAUGAUGUUUGUACCUUUUACCAGCGUUGACAAUCACUAUCGUAAUGUUACCUUGGGUGAUGCUAUAAUAGGGGAUGAAACUGCCGAAACAUAUAGCUGGUUGCUUAACGCAUUUCGGCAGGCGUUUGGGCGCGCACCACCUGUGAUUGUAACUGAUCAUGACCCAGCGAUGAGGAAAGCUAUUCAAGAUACUUGGCCUGAAAGUAGGCACAGGCUUUGCAUGUGGCAUAUAAUGGAGAAACUUACUACCAAGGUUGGCGCCAACCUAUGCAAUAGCACCGAUUUUAAGAAGAGGUUGUGUGAUAUUGUUUGGACUGAUGCAUUACUACCAGAACAAUUUGAAACCGAAUGGGGUGUUAUAUUGGCUGAUUUUGAUUUGGUGAAUCAUGAAUGGUUGCAGUCAAUUUAUCAGAUUAGGGAUACAUGGAUACCUGCGUACUAUCGUGAUCAACACAUGUCUGGGCUGAUGCGUACCUCAUCACGUUCGGAGAGUGAGAACCAUUUCUUUGGGCAUUUUUGCAACCCGAACUGUACGCUUGUUGAAUUCUUGGGGCAUUUUGAUUCUGCAAUUGAAGCCCAAAGACACGAGCACAGGAAGAAUGAUCACGAUACUAGGCACACGAACCCCCAAACAUUUGCAAAAGAGUUUGUCUUAGAACAACAGGCGGCAAACAUAUACACAAGGACAAUUUUCGUUGAUGCGCAACUUGAAAUUCAGACAGCCAUUCACAAGUGUGGUAUUGGAAAAUGGGAUGAUAGAGAGGAUAACUUUGUGAACAUCUCUGUGAAGGACUUUUCUCAAACGUGUACUACAUUUUUUCAGGUUAUGAUGCGGCAGCUAGACAUGACCGUGAGUUGUUCAUGCAAUAUGUAUGAACAGUUUGGGCUUUUGUGUGCGCACAUUUUUUGCGUUCUGCGGUUUCUUGAUAUCAAGCAGUUCCCUGAAAGGUAUAUAAUGCGACGGUGGACCAGGGAAGCUGUUCCUAAUAGUGCCCCUGGAGCGAUAUUGGGGAUUAGCGAAAGUGAUGAUCGGUACCAGCAAGUUAAUGGUGUUGUAAUGGAGAUAACAAGGUCAGCCGAGUCUCUUAUUAACAGGUUGGUUCCUAACUUUGAUGCGUUGUGCGCUUUUAGGGACCAUGUUGUCCAGUAUCAAUCGACCGCUGAUCAGGCAGUCGUAAACGCACCCCCUAGGAGUCGUCGCGAUAGGUUUGGUGAAAUAACUGGAUACACGCAAGAAACACCUGUAACUGUUCGCAUGCCCAAAACAGUUAGAUUUAAAGGUAUGGGUAAACCUUCUAGAAUGAAGAGUAAUCGUGAAAUGGCCAUUAUUCAAUCUGCAGAGAAAAAAAAGGGUCGUGAAUGUAGCAAUUGCAAACGUCGGGGGCAUAAUAUACGUACCUGCACGUACCCGGCAAGGGAAAAGGCCGACGGCUCCUCAGAAAGUGAUGAAGCGGCCCUUGAAGGAGACGACGAAGAGGAGCUAGAGAUGCGGCGGGUGAAGGAGACGACGAAGAGGAGCUAG